AUGGAGCAAGCAGUGUUUGCAAACUUGGCCCCAGGCCAGCAGGACGCGCUGAAAAAGCUGAUGUCCCUGUUGGGCCCGGAGGGGUUACGAACUCUGUUGGACCAUAUCCAACAGAGAGUGAACGUGGCGACGCCACAUGCGUCAGCAGCCACGCUGCAAGGGGAGUCGUCUCGACCAAAACCACUCAUGGUGAGUGUCAAGUCCUUCGAAGGGAAGGAAGGUGAGAACCUCAUGCUGUGGAUACGCGAGGUUGAAAUGGCCAUGAGUUCGGCCUUGCUCCAAACUGAGCAGCAGCGCGUGGCGCUUGCGAUCUCUAAGCUCAGUGGGCGAGCGCGGGAAUGGGCUCUCACGAGCGGGUCGACG